AUGCAACAGGCCAGGUACUGGGUACUGGGGAUGCUUCCCUUGGUGAACUGGAGGGACUCGCCAAAGAAGCCCGUGCUGUCUGCUCGUAAUUCCAUCAUGUUCGGCCACUCGAGAGCCAUCAAGAUUCCUCCACUCAGGCACAAAUUUACCCUCCUGCGUUCACCACCUGGGCAGGCAGUCAGGGUUAGGAAGCCGGUACCAUCCAGUCACCUCCCACUUCCUUGCCCAAAGGAGAAGGAGGUGAAGGUCCAAGAAGAGCCCCCAAGAGGCAUGGCAAAGAUGGAGGAUCACACAGAGACCAAAGGCGAGGACAAUCGGAAGAGGGGCCACCAUAGCAAUCGGGAUAUACCACUGACAUCUAGGCCGCAGGAGACCAGUGGAGUCCUCACUUCCCUCAGGUGUGAUCCUGAGCCACUGGGCCUCCUUCCCGGGCACCCAGAAGACAACUGGAAUGGAGAUCUGGGAGAUGCCCUGCCUCCUUGGAAGCCUGAGUCCCACGCCAUGGUGUCCUCUGCCCCAGCCGCACGCUGCUCCCUGCUGCUGGAGAGGCCAACAGAAGAAGUGCUGGGUGAAGACCACCGGCCCAAAUCGCCAGGCUCACUGAUGUCUGGGAAGGAGCUGCAGCGUGAAAAAUCUUCACACGUCCCAUCAAGAAGCUCCUCUUCCCUGGUAUCUACCAGCAGUAGGCCCUGCAAGCGGAAGAGUCCCCUGCCGCUUUUUCUGCUGCUGCAGGGACUGAGGUAGC